AUGGGUGGAGUAGAUGGCCAUCAGCGGCUGGGCUCCGCAGAAAAAUAUAAAUUCGAACGAAACCAGUGGACGAUGAUAGCACCAAUGACUUCUCAGAGGAGUGACGCCGGUGCAGCUGUGUUGAAUGGAAAAAUAUAUAUUACCGGCGGGUUCAAUGGACGAGAGUGUAUGGACACAGCUGAGACUUACAACGUGGACACUAAUGAGUGGACGCUAAUACCAGCCAUGCAGACCGGACGCGCCGGCGCGUCUUGCAUAGCCUACCACAACUGUCUGUACGUGAUCGGUGGCUGCGAUGAGUGGGUGGAGAGAUUGAACAGCAGCGAGAAGUUUGACCCGACCACGAACCACUGGUCGAGGGUGGUAGACAUGUACAACCCACGGAGCAAUUUCGCGGUGGAAGUACUCGACGACAAGAUUUUCGUGGCCGGUGGUUUCAACGGAGUGACCAGCAUACCGCAGGUUGAGUGCUACAAUUAG